UACAGAGAACGGCUACCAGCCUUCUUUUUCAAAUUCCAGUUCAGGAACGUAGAAUAUAGUUCAGGAAGAAACAAAACCUUCCUGUGUUACAUCAUAGAGAUCCAAAGCAAGGAGUCAAAGAUAUUACGGGGUUACCUGGAGGAUGAACAUGCAGCAGCUCAUGCAGAAGAUGCCUUCUUCAAUAACAUCCUGCCCACAUGUGAGUCUGGUCUGCGCUACAGUGUCACCUGGUACGUCUCUUCUAGCCCCUGUGUGGCCUGUGCUGAUCGGAUAACUAAGGCACUGCAGAAAAAUAAGAACCUGCAUCUCUCCAUCCUGGUUGGCCGUCUCUUCAUGUGGGAGGAGCCUGAGAUCCAGGCUGCCCUGAAGAAAAUGAAGGCAGCAGGCUGCAAAAUGAGGAUAAUGAAGCCUCAAGACUUUGAGUACGUCUGGAAGAAUUUUGUAGAGCAGGAAGAGGGUGAGGAGGGAAAGGCAUUUGAGCCCUGGGAGGACAUUCAAGAGAACUUCCAGUUUUAUGAAGAAAAGCUUGCUGAACUUUUGCAGUGAGAUUCAAGGCCUGCUUGUAAAAGAUCUGCCAGUCCUAUGGAGAGACAACCAUGAUAUACUCUGACAUCUGGGACUACUCCCUUCAGUCCUCCAGACCCACUCUGAAGCAGAAAAUACUACUGCAAGUCUCUAGUAAACAUACCGUUGUGCUGACUAAAAAUACAUUUAUCAUGCUGCAUGGAGGCAUUUGGUUGUCUGAAACAUGUAAGGCUGCCCUGCUGGAAAAGAAAAAGCAUUGUGUUCUGGAAUGAAGUUAAUGUCUGCAGUGUAAAGUUAAAACUUCAGUGGAAAAAAUCAAAUUACACCAAAAAUCUUUCUUUAAAACAAUACCACAAACUAAACAAGUUUAGGAGACAUGUUUUUGUAAUAGUACAGAUCUUUUUGUAAUGACAAUAAGUAUAUAAAAUGUUUUGCUUUUUCUUCCACCGUGUAUAACUAAAAUCCAUGGCUUAAUAUUCUGGUUAACUUCUCUGAAACAAAUGUAAGAAGUAAUGCUCAGCAUCUCUUUUAUCACUUUUCCUACUGUAAACAGGGCAAAUAAGAAAAUAAAACAAAUAGCCGUUGCUGGACCUAAUUUGACUGAAUGCCUUUGGCAAGACUGUCGACCCUCGAUAGUUAGAGAAGCCUCCCCAUCCUGUUCCAUAAACACAGGCAUGCAGAUAGGAUGAGAAAUACUACAACAGUGUAUUUCUCACCCUACAAGCAUGCUUGUGUGUCAAAAUGUGGCCAAAGCUUUCCUAAAAGU